AUGGCACCAAAAUUUAAGGACAAGGACGGCGAGGUCGUGCUCAGCUUUUCAGGAAAAUGGGUCAGUUGGGCGCAUACCGCAGCUGCGUAUUCUGCUUUCAUAAGCGCGCUCAUUGUUGGCGUCUCGUUGCAUUACCACAAGAUAGUGCAGAAUGAAUACUGGGGCUAUCCUGAGGAAUGGUUUCCCAGUGUGUCUGCCACGAUAGGUGACCGGUACCCUGAGCGUUCCUUUUUUAUGCUUUUCAUAGCUAUUACAUCAGGACCUCGAUUCGUUCUGGUUGGUUUAUGGUACCUCUUAACCGCGCGACCGAAUGCAAAACUUCCCAAGUUCGUGGCUGGCAUGGGUGUAUUUCGAACGUUGACGUGCGGAGGAUGGACUUAUGUUACAUCUACAGAUGAUCACGACUGGCACGACAUUUUUAUGAUAUCAUACUUGGUUGCGACCCUUCCGUGGACGCUGGGAUGUCUAGCAUUAAGUCCUGCGAAUGCGAAAGCUGUCAAGUACAGAAAAUACUUGGCGUCAGCUUUCUUCGGAACUCUCGUUCCUUUGAUUUACUUCUUUAUCCAACAUAAAGUUCACAAGGUUGCCGGAGCGUACACAAUAUAUGCUUUCUUCGAAUGGGCAUUGAUCUUGUUUGAUGUGGGGUUCGAUGCUGUUACAGCCCUUGACUUUGAUACCUUUGAACUGGUUGUCAAGGACGUGAAGGGUUCGAGUAAGGGAAACAACAAAUUGGUGGCUGAUGCUGUCCUCGAAAAGGAAAAGAACAAGCAGGCAGCCCAGGUGUUCAACCAAUCAUUUAUCUGGGCCGAGGCCAUCGAUACAGCUGCGGAUGUCUACAACGGGUUUGUCUUUUGGUCAACUUUGACUUCGCUGGGACUACUCGUUUGGUAUUUUCCACUCUGGCAUAUGGGUAUCUCUGGCUACGAGGUUAUGGUUAUGUCCACUGUGUCACCAUUCUUGCUUGCAAGUCGUCGAUUGCGUUCCUUCGUCGUGAAGAAUCUUCGGAUUUUUCAUUUCUCAGCUCUGGCCGGAUUACUAGCAUAUCAGGUGACGGAUCCAGUCCUUCGUUUGUUCAUCGUUGGCUUCGCGGUCUGGAUGUCUUGUCUGUCAUGGGCAGCUACUUGGUACUCAGAGGGUGGACAACCAGGUCGCCUGGAGUCGAAAAUAUCUGCAUGGACUAUUGGUUUGAUCGCUUCCAGCGUCGUGAAAUUCGCAUGGCAGACAAGCAAUCCAAUCUGGCCAACAACUCAUUCAUCGAAUGGGGGUUGGAAUGGCGUGGGUCUCACCCUCGCUAUCCUGGCAGUCAUUCGGUCCACACGAAAGGUUCCAGUUGCUGGUAGCGACUUGGCAAUUCAGGGACGCAGAGAAGGAUCAUCUGUUCUUGCCGGACUCGGUAUUGCAGGGCUAUUUUUUGGCCUGCAUUCCUUACUCUCUGACUCCAGCACGAUGAUAUUGUGGGUCUGGGAGGGAUAUCCUGUGCGAGGUCCAAUCUCAGCACCUCACGGUGCCUGGACAAUCGCGGCAAUGGGAGGUGGCCUGAUUUUGGGUCUAUUCAGCGAAGAUAUUGCUCGAAGCUGGACAUUUUAUGGCAUCGGCUGCGUUGGCGCUGCCAUGUUGACUCUUUAUAGUAACUGGAAAGGAUACUAUGGAGCUUUGAUUCUGGCCGUCUAUCUUAUGGCCGUAUCAGUACCAUUGAUCGGAUCAGCGGCCAGAAAGAAUCCUGCAACUACAUUUGGCCUGGGCUUUCUAGCAUACAACUUCCUGGUCUUGUUCCAUGUGUGGGUUGUUGCUUACGCUUUCGUGCCUGGUGGACCACUCGUUCGCGAGCAUACCGACUGGGUCAUGACAACCAUGAUGAUAUUUAUUGGGUGCGGUGUAUUCUCCUCCGUGUCAUCUACUCCUGCCGCUCAGCGCAAGCGCUUCAAUGCUCUCUUAAACUCUCGGAAGCAGCGCUCAUAUUACCUCUAUGUCCUGGGAGUGCUUCAACUUCUUUCGGUUUCGAUCGCCUACCUUCGAUUCCCAACGUACGACUAUGUGCCAUACCACAAGGACGAGAAGAUUCUUACGGCAGGAAUCUGGACCAUCCAUUUCUCGCUCGAUAAUGAUAUGUGGUCUUCCGAGUACCGAAUGAGAGACGUUAUCAAGGAGCUCGAAAUCGAUGUAAUCGGCCUUCUAGAGUCUGAUCUUCAACGUAUUAUCAUGGGCAAUCGAGAUACCACUCAGUUCUUAGCUGAGGAUCUUGGUAUGUACGUCGAUUACGGACCAGGACCUAACAAACACACCUGGGGUUGUGCUCUCUUGUCGAAGUUCCCAAUUGUGAAUUCGACUCACCACUUACUACCUUCACCUGUUGGUGAACUAGCACCAGCCAUCCAUGCCACAUUGGAUGUGUACGGCGAGUUGAUUGACGUGUUUGUUUUCCACUCUGGUCAAGAAGAGGAUCCCGAAGACAGACGUCUACAGACUGAGUACCUCUCCAAGCUCAUGGGAUCCACACCUCGCCCAUCAAUCCUGCUCUCCUACCUGGUCACCAAACCCUGGGAAGGUAACUAUAACACCUAUGUAUCCGAUAUAAGCGGAAUGCAUGACAUCGACCCAACAGAUUGGGACAGAUGGUGCGAGUACAUCCUCUACAAAGGACUGAAGCGCACCGCGUAUGCGCGUGUGAGUAGAAGUACCAUUACGGAUACUGAGAUCCAAGUUGGGAAGUUCAAGAUCGGUGAACCUGCAAUCGGUCCUCCAGACUUGAGGAAUGCUCGCAUUAGCGAGAGUCAAGUUCCUGAGGGAGAGCGGUUCCCGCAGCUGUUCAAGGGUGAGGGCGUUAGAGGACAUGCAUAUCACGUCUUCAACGAGCCGAGAUACUUUGGUUAG